UAUGACUUAUGAUUUUGUGAAAGAAUCAAAGAAAAAUUAAAAGUUCGAAAUCAAAAUAAAACCCUAACUUUCUGAGAGAGAAUCGCAGGAAGAACGAAGAACGAUGGCCGAGGAAGACAAGAAGCCCAAUGAUCAAUCUGCUCACAUCAAUUUGAAGGUCAAAGGCCAGGAUGGAAAUGAAGUAUUCUUCAGGAUUAAAAAGAACACUCAACUGAAGAAGCUGAUGAAUGCGUACUGUGAUCGACAAUCUGUGGACUUCAACGCCAUCGCCUUCUUGUUCGACGGGCGCCGUCUCAGAGCCGAACAGACCCCCGAUGAGCUGGAAAUGGAGGAUGGUGACGAGAUCGAUGCGAUGUUGCACCAAACUGGGGGAGCCCUGUGAAUUCAAUCUAUGAAUAUGCUUGUGAAGAAUUUGAUACGUAAUCUAGUGUAGUUGUUAAUUUGGUGAGUGUUACCAUGGAUAUGCAUGAUGGGAAUUGUGAUACACCCUUUAUUGUAGACCUUGCUUGAAAUCUCUUAUGGGGUUUUGUCAAGUUUGGUCAAAUCGUAUGAUUAUGAAACCUGGAUCCUUAAGUCUAUAUUUUGAUCCUUUGACAAAAGUACACUAUAAUGUCUUAGAAGAGCCUCCUCUUAUGUGCUAUGGCCUUGAAACGUUGAGGAUAUACACAUUAUUGGGAGAAAUUCAAAAGGCACAAAUAAGGGGAAUACCCGAGAAAUGCAUUCCUUUUAAUAA